AUGAUUAAGGCAUAUAUGCUGAGGCAUACCAUCCAGUUGAUAUCAAAAAUGGACCCUAUCAAGUAUCUACUUGAGAAGUUCUUACUCAUUGGGAGGGCUGCCAGAUGGCAAGUACUAUUAACAGAAUAUUACAUUGUCUAUGUUUCACAAAAGGCAAUCAAAGGUAGCGCUCUAGCUGACUACCUAGCAAAUGGACUAACCAAUGAAGAGCCUGCAAUAAAGGAUGAUUUCCUGGAUGAAGAAAUUUUGGCCCUGGGAAAUGAUGAAGAAGAACAAGCUCAGAAAGAGUCCUGGUCCAUGUUCUUUGACAGGGCCUCAAAUCUAAUGGGACAUGGGAUAGGCGCCAGACUGAUGUUGUCCCAAGGAAAACAUAUUCCGUCACAAUGCACCAAUAUCAUGGCCGAAUAUGAAGCUUGCAUAUUGGGUUUACAGGCUACCCUGGACAACAACAUCACCAAACUAUAA